UUCCAUCUCUGUCCGGCUCUAUUCUGAUUCCAAUUCCGAAAAAUCUGGAGGGGCGCCCCUCUUUUCACAACAUGGAUUUUGACAGCACGAACCUUUAUGAGAUUCUCCUCGACGGAGAGGAGGAUCUGGACUCCGGACACGGCCACCUUGCUGGAAACUCCGGCAUCCACACCCUCCUUCAAGACCAUCCCUACGGCCGCCUUCCAAAUAAACCCGAGGACUGUCCAGCCGUCCAGCUCCAGCGUCUUCCCGACGAUGACCCGGAAGGCCUUUUCCAACUUCGGAUCGACCCCAACGAGGUCUACCAUCCCAGGAGCUCGGAGACCGCCGGCGACGUUUCCCCGAGACCCCGCCGAGACCCCCUUCCUCCCGGCCCAUCGCCCACCGUCGUCCUGGAAGUUGUCUGCGACCCGGGAAACUGGGAAGACCCCAACCUUCUUGGAGCCCACCCGCCCACCUGCAUUGCAAGCCAAGCCUCGCCAGGUUUCUUGGAGGGGGCGGCCCAUUUAAACGCGGCCGAGGUUCCCACGGAGGAGCCCCCUGCCCUGUUCUUGACAGAGGACGAGAGGAGUCUGCUAAGCCAGGAGGGCGUCUUGCUGCGCGAUGCCGUACACCUUUCCCAGGCGGAAGAGCAGAUCCUGAAGAAAAUACGGAGGAAGAUUCGAAACAAGCAAUCUGCCCAGGACAGCCGUCGACGCAAGAAGGAAUAUUUGGAUGGUCUGGAGACCCGGGUGGCCGCCUGCUCGGCGCAGAACCAGGAUCUGAAGAGGAAAGUCCAGCUCUUGGAGAAGCGCAAAGAGUCCCUCCUGGACCAGUUACAGAAGCUCCAGGGACUCCUCACCCAGCCACCCAGCAAGGCCGUCCAGACCAGUACCUGCCUCGGGGUAGGUGGCCUCCGCUCCUCAGGUGCUGGGUUCCUGGAGGGCUCCUUCCCCCAUCAUCCCUGUCUCUUUCCCUCUCCAGAUCCUCCUCGUCUCCUUCGGCCUUUUCCUCUGGCCCACCUGUGCCGCGUUUUACGGUGCGUCUCAGGUCGGCGGAGAGAACCCCGAACCAUCAGGGGUCCUGUCCCGAAAUAUCUUGACCCAAAAGGGACCCCCGGAGCCAGGGACACCGCCUGCUGCCCGUCACCCAAAAGAGCCCCGCGCUCAAGCGGAAUCGCCCCUGGAACUCCGUACCCGCCACGUCGGCAAGGACCCGGAAAGCCAUCUUGUGGCGGGAGAGACAGCCCGGGAGGCAGGAUCCGAACCCCAGACCCAACUGAAGGAUCGCCGGCGAGGAAAGGCCACCAGGCCAGACCUCGAUGAGAUAUGAGACAUCCCAGCC